AAUGACGUUUUCGAUGCGUCCGAUGGCGAGAUACAGUUCGUUUACAAAUCCAAAGAUACCUCUCGACCUCACAUAGGCGUACAACGUAGAGUGAGUAUUAUAUAGUGGCUCUUCGCGUUCCAUUUCCUCUCUCAUCUUUCCAUUCCUAACAGUCCCACCUACCAUUCCUAUCUCCGUAAGAAGCCCGCAACAUACAGCCAUGUCUACCACAACACAGACACAGACCGCAACCAAGUUCGGCACCACAGCGGACAUCCCAGUUCCUCGUGGCCCAGCCCACUCGAGCUUGACCUUUUAUGCGCCCCCCACUGAUGGCUCGGCGCCCUUCAACUACGUCGAGGAGCCGCCAGAGGGUUCUCCUCAACGCAACUAUGGCGAGUUUCCGCACGACGUGACCAUCAAUGACAUCCGUGGUCGCGAGAAAGACUUCGAUAUGAACGUCAACGGCUUCGGCAUCGUGCAGGGAGUCAAUAGCGAGGAGAAAGAUUUUAUUGACGAUGAGCACAUCAAGUCCGUCUAUUACCCCGAGGUAGAGAAGGUACUCCUAGACAAUGUGCCCGGAGCGAAUCGCAUUUUUAUCUUCGAUCACACCAUCCGUCGAAGUGGCCCCAAUGCCAAACGUGCGCCCGUGAACCGUGCACACAUCGAUCAGACUACCAAAUCCGCGGAGGCGCGUGUGCAUUACCACAUGGGUGACGAAGCGGAAGCGCUGCUGAAGAAUCGUGUACGGCUGAUCAACGUGUGGCGACCGCUUAAUGGCCCUGUCGUUGCGUCUCCACUAGCAUAUGCCGACAGCCGCACAGUUCCAGACGAUGACAUUGUAGGCGUUGAGCACCGGUAUCCGCAUCGCACGGGCGAGACUGCUGGUGUCAAAUACACGGAGAAGGGCAAGUGGUACUACUGGAGUGGCAUGACGAACGAUGAGCGGAUCUUGUUGCAAUGCUACGACAGUAAGGAUGGAGCCAGGACACCGCAUUCGGCGUUCGUAGAUCCUAGGACGAAGCCGGAGUGGCCGGGCAGGGAGAGCAUUGAGGUGCGAGCGCUAGUUUUUGGAUAGAAUACAAGAUGUACGAAUCUACAAGCCCUUGGCCGCCUUCCAGGUAGUGAAACCCUUCCCAAAGAUCUCGCCACAAGCUGCCGCCAUCAUAGGCGGCAGUGGUGGUUCUGUCCGCUUACCGACGCUUGGGAAGAUGAAGACCAUCUCCGCCUCCUUCUCCUCCACCUCCUGCACCAUCCCAAAAACAUUCUCGCUUUCAGCUACUGACGCGUCCACCUCCAUCUCAUCAUCGCUAUCGAUGUCGGGUACGCGGAAUGUGCCCUCCGAGUCUCCCGGCCGGUUGUGUGGGAUCACCCGCAGGUUGUCGACCUUGACCUUCUUGCGCGCAUUCCCAUCCCCAUCGUCCGCCUUGCGCUUCUUCUCCAUUUUCUGAUACUCUUCAUCGACG